UGGGUCAGAAUUGGGAUUAAAUCAUGUAACCCGGCGGGUUGAAAUUCCACACAACCCAACAGGUUUAGUUUCUCAUUUACUGAUAUCUCAUAGAGAUCAAGCUCUUCUGACUUCCUCUAUCGGUUUCUCAAAGAGACCCAACGGAUUAAGAUGCUGUUGAAUGUAUUUUGAUUACGGGGUAGCUUCCAAUUUCUCGGAAGAUGUCACUUUCUAGGCUUUCUGGAAGACUCAAUCUUUUUCUUUCUUUAAACAGGACUCAUUAUUAUCCACUUUCCGCAUCCAGGGACUAUCUUGGAAUUGUAGUGUCAAAAGAUAGAAACCGUGGGCCAAUUGACAUCAGACAUGGACAACUCUUUGGUCUUGGAUGUCGAGGUUUCACAUCAAGGUGUGAGUUUAAAAGAUCUACACUUCAUAACUGUAAAGGGUUGCCUUUUUUAAGAGGGCAGAGUACAGUUAGGGCUUGGCCAAUGUUGAAUCUUCAUCAUCAUUAUGCAACUCAGGCUACUGCAACAGAGAAGAAAUCAAAGAAGAUGCUCUUUUACUUGACAGGUUUAGUUUUUGCGAUGGUGGGGGCUAGUUAUGCUGCAGUUCCUCUGUACAGGAGAUUCUGUCAAGCCACAGGAUAUGGAGGUACAGUUCAACGUCGGGAGAGUGUUGAAGAAAAGAUUGCACGGCAUGCGAAAGAUGGAAGAGUUACUUCCAGGGAGAUUGCUGUACAAUUUAAUGCUGAUGUAGCAGAUGGAAUGCCUUGGAAGUUUAUUCCGACACAGCGAGAGGUAAGAGUAAAACCGGGAGAGAGCGCUCUUGCCUUUUACACGGCUGAAAAUCGAAGCUCGACUCCUAUUACAGGCGUAUCAACAUACAAUGUUACCCCCAUGAAGGCUGCUGUGUAUUUCAAUAAAAUACAGUGUUUUUGCUUUGAGGAACAGAAAUUGCUUCCUGGGGAGCAGAUUGACAUGCCUGUUUUCUUUUACAUUGAUCCUGAGUUUGAAACCGACCCCAAAAUGGAUGGCAUCAACAAUAUAAUCCUAUCAUACACAUUUUUUAAGGUCUCUGACAAUUAAAGAAGCCGCUUCUCGCACGGUCACUGGAGAUGUAAUUUACUACAGGAAUAAGCUUCGUUUUGAUAGGUGACAAAGGAAAGAAUAGUGAUAACGUUAUUUCAGCUGCAGUUUGUGUUUUUAAUGAACCCAAGAAAAUCAUUUUACAUUCUAAUACAAUAAAUCUAAAAACACUGGAAAAUUUUGACUGGCUGCAGCAAUUGUAACCUUCUGUUUGCAGUGAUAUUUAUUAGCCUUUCUGUGGUGUCGGAUGAUAGAUC